AUGGAGCCUACUCAUACCAAUAACAACACAAUUGACGGGAUGCCUUUAGGUAUCAAAGAUCCAGUGUCCGACGUCCCUGGCACUGUCCGCCUCUUCGAAAAUCAUCUUCAACAUGGAGGAUUCCAAGCCGAUGGAGGAGCUAUUAUAUUAGUUCCCGCCCCAACCACCAAUGUCAAUGAUCCUCUCAAUUGGUCUAAAGGAGAAAAGCUCUGGGUGUCUUCUACCCUUCUGCUCUGGAGUUUUCUCGCCAAUGCCUGUAUCGCAUGGUGCUCUCCUUCGUGGACCAUCUGGGUCGUCGACCUCAAGACCGAUUUUACACAACUCAGCUAUGGACAAGCCCUCCUCGUCAUCAUGUGCGGUGUAGGCACUAUGUUUCUGCAACCCUUAGCCCUCAAAUACGGCCGAAGACUGCCAUAUUUUAUCGGAUCACUUUUUAUCAUGGCGGGUCUCGCAUGCGGCCUAUCAAUGACAAGCAUUGGACUAUACUUCGUCUAUAUGACACUGGCCGGCUUUGGCUCAGCGCCCUCUUACUCCACUAUUGUUACUUCGCUUCUGGACAUCUCGUUCCUCCACCAGAAGGGUAAGGUUUUGAGUAUCUAUGGCUUCAUCCUCCUGUUGGGCAACUUCUUGCCGCCUCUGGCAGCUGGCUGCAUCGUUGAUAGUCAAGGUUGGGUUUGGGUAUUUCGGUACCUUCUCGUUUUCUUCGGUGUCUCGACACUCCUUGUACUGUUUAUAGCUGAAGAGACAUCCUUUUCUCGAUUAGCAAACCACAUUCAGGAGGCAGUCGCGUUGCCAAACGAAACUGUGGCAUCUCAUCCAGGGCCAAAGGAUAAGAUGCGCCAGAGUAAAGUCCAGACAGCUGCACGUCCUGCACCAACACAGCCUGCUGAUUUUGCCGAGCGCCUCAACUACCUUCAGAAGAUGGCAAUUUAUCGCAAUAACCCCGAGGUCAAGGCAGGCUAUUGGAGACUCGUCCUGUCCAUGGCCAAGGUCGCUGCCCUUCCUGCCGCCCUAUGGGCAAGUUUCCAGCUCGCCAUAUCGACUCUUGUCGUCAGUGUUGUUAUGACCACUCAAGCAAGCUUUUUCUCCAUUCCGCCUUACAACUUCACCGCUGCCCAGAUGGGCCUUAUGUAUAUCCCUCUCAUGAUUGGGAGCUUUAUGGGAGUGUUUAUUGGCGGCACACUUACCGACUGGCUGCUGAUUCGUUUGGCCCGCAAGGCUGAGGGAAUCCACGAGCCCGAGAACAGACUGUGGGUGUACCUGCUAGUGCCACUUCUGGCAGCGGCGGGCUGCCUUCUGUACGGCGUCGGCGCUAGCACAGGUGUCCACUGGAUCCUGCCAUGUAUUGGACUUUUUCUCAUCGGUGUCUACACCAAUGUCUGCCUGCCCGUUGCUCUCGGCUAUGCUCUUGACUCCUAUCCUGAGCUCGAGGAUGAGAUUGUACAACUGUCCAACUUUGUGCGCAAUAAGAAAGACGAUAAAGUACAGGCCGUGGGGAAAGUCCCGGACUCGGUAGCCGAUGAUCUAGCGACAUCCAAAGUAGCAAAAGUCCAAAAUGUUGCUUAUAGUGAUGCCAUUGCCAAGGACAACCUAUCUUCACGGGCAACGUCCAUCUUCAAGCUCUAUACAAUCAUUGCUCUUGUCACGCUAAAUAAUUGCGGUAAUGGCUUUGAUGGAACUAUCAUGUCAUCCAUUAAUGCAAUGGAUCCUUUCCAUAAAUUCUUCGGUACUGAAAUGCAAGGCUCUUCUAUCGGAGCUGUCUUUGCGCUCUACAGUGUUGGAAACAUCCUUGGUUGUCUUGUAGCGGCUCCCGCCGCCGAUACCUUUGGACGAAAGUUUGGUAUGAUGACGGGGUCAAUUUUUGUCAUCAUUGGUACUGUGAUCCAAGCGGCAGCCCAGAAUGUCGGGACAUUCAUGGCGGGCAGACUGUUCCUCGGAUUUGGCUGUACCAUCGCAGUAACUGCGUCUCCUAUCUAUCUAGUUGAGAUGGCCUACCCAUCUUGGCGCGGAACUUUGGCUGGUCUGUACAAUGUAGGCGGCUGGUAUAUUGGAUCGCUUGCGUCUACGUGGACUGCCUAUGGAACAGGCCGCUUAACAUCGAAUUGGUCCUGGAGGAUCCCCAUCAUCAUUCAAGUCGUCCCUGCAACCAUCAUCCUUUGCGGGGUAUGGUUCAUACCAGAAAGCCCCAGAUGGCUCAUGAGCCAUGGCAAAGAAGAGCAAGCAAGAGCCGUGCUCGUCAGGUAUCAUGGAGACGGGAAUCCUGAAUCAGCUGUCGUGAAACUGGAGCUUGACGAGAUGCGAGCCUCUAUCGAAUACCAGGCAGAGAUCGAAGCUAGCCAAAAGUGGUGGGACUACCGCAUGCUCUUCGACAACAGGGAAAACUUGCACCGGUUUUACUUGCUGUUCUUGGUUGCCAUCUUCUCUCAGUUUAUCGGUGGUUCUGUUAUCACCUACUACAUGCCUGUCAUUCUAGAGAACGUUGGUAUCACCAGCUCUUCUCAGCAGCUUCUCCUCAAUGGCGUUAAUGUCAUUUUCGGGUUUUUCAGCGGUGUCGCGGGCUCAUUUGGCGUUGAGAAGUUUGGACGCAGGCCUUUGUUUCUUUGGGGCACCUUCUUGACAGGUCUCGUUUACAUACCCAUCAACGUCAUUGCAGCCAAAGCUCACGGUCACGUUGACACAUCAACUGGCUACGCCUUUAUUGCAAUGAUUUUCUUGUACGGUAUCUUUUGGUCUUUUUGCUGGACGCCUUUGCAGUCUCUAUACCCAAGCGAGGUCCUGCGCAAUGAUAUCCGAGCCAAGGGUAUGGCUGCCUCUGGCUUCUUCAGUGGUGUUUCUGGGUUCAUAAACACGUAUGCGACACCCGUCGCUCUCCAAAAGAUCGGUUGGAAGACAUACACCAUUUUCCUCAUUUUGCAUUUCGUGGAGUGGGGGAUGAUGUAUUUCGCUCUGGUCGAAACCAAGGGUCGGUCUCUUGAAGAAAUCGAUGACAUCUUCAAAUCGCCCAACCCUGUCAAAACAUCUAAGCAGAAACACGAGGUUUACAUCAAGGAGGGUGCAGGUGUCACUGCCGACUUGGGCGCAAAGGAAGCCUAA